AAACCUGUAACGAUCUCCACCGUCGAUCAUCCCCCGAAGGGUCCGCCAACGUAGGGCCCUGGCUAUAAAUACGUUUCCUUCCCUUCUUCUUCUCCGUCGCUUGCUUUUGGGUUUUCUUCUUGGGUUAUCGUUCGCUGUUCCUCCUCUUCUUCCGGAAGAUGCAGAUUUUCGUUAAGACUCUCACUGGGAAGACCAUCACCCUUGAGGUGGAGAGCUCUGAUACGAUCGACAAUGUAAAGGCUAAAAUCCAGGACAAGGAGGGCAUCCCUCCAGACCAGCAACGGCUUAUCUUUGCCGGUAAGCAGCUUGAAGAUGGCAGAACCUUGGCAGACUAUAACAUCCAGAAGGAGUCGACACUUCACCUUGUUCUGCGUCUCCGUGGUGGUAUGCAAAUUUUUGUCAAGACCCUCACUGGGAAGACCAUCACCCUUGAGGUUGAGAGCUCCGAUACCAUUGACAAUGUUAAAGCCAAGAUCCAGGACAAGGAAGGGAUUCCCCCGGACCAGCAGCGUUUGAUCUUUGCUGGGAAGCAGCUGGAAGAUGGUCGCACACUGGCUGACUACAAUAUCCAGAAGGAAUCUACCCUUCACCUUGUCCUCCGUCUUCGUGGUGGCAUGCAGAUUUUUGUGAAAACGCUGACGGGCAAGACCAUCACCCUCGAAGUUGAGAGCUCCGACACCAUUGACAAUGUGAAAGCCAAGAUUCAGGACAAGGAAGGGAUCCCCCCAGACCAGCAGCGUCUCAUCUUCGCCGGUAAGCAGCUUGAGGAUGGCCGAACUUUAGCUGACUACAAUAUCCAGAAGGAAUCGACCCUCCACCUGGUCCUUCGUCUGCGAGGUGGAAUGCAGAUCUUUGUAAAGACGCUGACAGGAAAGACCAUAACUCUUGAAGUUGAGAGCUCAGAUACGAUCGACAACGUAAAGGCAAAGAUCCAAGACAAGGAAGGGAUUCCUCCUGACCAGCAGCGUCUCAUCUUUGCGGGCAAACAGCUUGAGGAUGGACGCACCCUUGCAGACUACAACAUCCAGAAGGAGUCCACCCUGCACUUGGUGCUCCGACUCCGUGGUGGAAUGCAGAUCUUCGUGAAAACCCUUACUGGGAAGACCAUCACUCUGGAGGUGGAGAGCUCGGAUACCAUUGAUAAUGUGAAGGCAAAGAUUCAGGAUAAGGAGGGUAUCCCGCCAGAUCAGCAGAGGCUCAUCUUUGCGGGGAAGCAGUUGGAGGAUGGACGUACUCUUGCGGACUAUAACAUUCAGAAGGAGUCCACCCUCCAUUUGGUCCUGCGUCUUCGUGGUGGGAAGUGAGCAACUGCCGGGGGCGUCUGGCUGUUGUGGGUGUUCAAUUGUCCGCAACUGCUACCGGAUCGUUCUGCUGAUAAUAACGAUGGGUCGUGUCUUGCAGCUGUUGCUUUGUUUUUAGUGUUGUGAAAGGUUAUUACGUCGUGUUUCUUCUUUCUUGGACGGCGUCGGACUAAUUGCCUACUGCCCUUUCGUGUUUCUAUGCUCAAAUAAAUUUGUCCCUUGUUCGGUGCGUUCGCGCCGUUGGACGAUGUGUUUCUUUCUGAAUUUCGAAUUGCCAAGAUAUAUUUUUGGGACCCA